UGGUGAGCUUGGGGACUUGAAACGUCCCUUGGAGAAGCGAGCGAGGCGUUUGUAGGCGGCUGCUUGCUUAAGGCUGGCUCUCUGGGGCUUUCUUCUGUAUCCUGGUUACAGGCAGACCCUUGGCAGACUCAGGCCUCUUACAAGAUGGUUUCUUUGUUUACCUGAGAGGCUUUGGCAGCUCCCUGAGGUGUUUUUUUUCCCCCACCAAUAUCUGAUUUUCAUUUCUUUUCUCUCUCCCCAGUGAAUGGCAGCUCCUUGCGUGUGACGAGGCAGAGGUUCAGACCAUGCAGGUGCCUGGAGGUACAGAUUAAAACCAAAGAGCUUCCUUCUCCUCUGGAGACCUGCACACCAAGGCCAAGAUGAAGAUCGAGUUCGCUCCCCGCUCCUUGCCCCUGCAGAGGAGGCUUCAGACCGCAUCAGUGGCUCAAUGGGUCUUCAGCUUCCUGUGCCUGGCACAGUGCUGCGUGGCUGCCUUCAUCGGCCUCUUCUUCACUCGGUUUUGGCUGCUCAGUGUCCUCUACUUCACAUGGUGGAUGCUGGACUGGGAAAAACCCAAGACUGGAGGGAGGAGGAUCCGAUUCCUGCAGAACUGUGUGGUCUGGAGGUACAUGAGAGACUACUUCCCCAUCACGCUGGUGAAGACAGCAGAACUGGACCCAAGGCAGAACUACCUGAUGGCAUUUCACCCCCACGGGGUCCUGGCAGCAGGAGCCUUUCUCAAUUUCUGCACAGGGGCAUCAGACUUCUCCACACUCUUCCCUGGCAUCACCCCACACCUGAUGAUGCUCUCGCUCUGGUUUCGCAUCCCCUUCUUUAGGGACUACCUGAUGAGUGGAGGCCUUGUCUCCUCUGAAAAGGAGAGUGCCUCCUAUGUGCUAAAGAAGCCAGAGGGUGGGAAUGCUCUGACCAUCAUCGUGGGUGGAGCACAGGAGGCACUGGAUGCCCGCCCAGGGUCCUGCACCUUGCUGCUGAAGAACAGGAAGGGGUUUGUGCGCUUGGCCAUCCAGCACGGCACUCCACUGGUCCCUGUCUUCUCUUUUGGGGAGAAUGACCUCUAUGAUCAGGUGUGGAACCCCAAGGGCUCCUGGCUCCGAGUGAUCCAGCAGAAGCUCCAGCAGAUCAUGGGCAUCUCCCUGCCCCUCUUCCACGCACGAGGCAUCUUCCAGUACAGCUUUGGGCUGGUGCCCUACCGCCGGCCCAUCUGCACCGUGGUUGGGAAGCCAAUUCCAGUGCAGAAGAAGCAGAAACCUUCCAAUGAAGAGGUGGAUCAGGUCCACCAGAAAUACCUGGACGAAUUGAGCAAGCUCUUUGAGGAGCACAAAGCUAAAUAUAACAUCCCAGAAUACAGACACCUGGAAUUUAUAUAGAGCUCCUCAAGCAAGAUGAAAUCAGGGAGGUCAAACUCCAAGUUUCUCCCUGUCUCUGGAACUAUUUCACAACCUCAGCUUAGAUAUGGUUAAGAAAUGGUCCAUACAGUGCAGUGAAAAUCACAGGGUGGUGGAGGUUGGAAGGGACCUCUUGAGAUCAGCCCAACCCCUCUGCUAGAGCAAGGUCACCCAGAGCAGAUUGCCUAGGUGAGUCUUGAAUCUCUCCACACAAGACUCCACAACCUCUCUGGGCAGCCAAGAACUUAAUUUUCCCAGCAUUUUUAUGGCUGUAAAGCCAGAAUUUUCCUUCUUUGUAGGAAACAUAAAAGAUAUAAAGAAGAAAACAAAAGAAAAUCCCACCUAUUGCCAGCACUGUUGAAUCUCUCUAGCACAAAACCCACACUUCCAGUCCAGCUUGGAGGCCAUUUGCAGGCAGAAAGUUGCCUCUGCAUUAUUUUCAUUCAGAAAUGGGAUGCUGAGGAUAAUUUCUGCUGGAUGCAAAUGGGGUUUGAAAUACAAUUUUGCCUAGACCCACAUAGGAUCAUCUUUUUGCUUGGUGCUCUUCCUGUCUCUCAUUUCCCUCAGCUCUUUUCUCACCACCUGCUGCACAGUUUAUCAGCAAGCUCAUACUCCCAGAGUGGUGGUGGGCACCUUCAGCAGCAUCUUGAUGCUGCACCCUACUGAGGCCAGAAAUAAAAAAUCCCCAAAACAACCAGAAAAGAAAAAAACCAAUAAAGGAGAUAUGGUCAUCCAGAGGGUUCUUCCUACCUGACUCUGGGAAUCCCUUGGUCCAGUCUGCAGCCACAGCAACGCUGUCACCGUGAAGUUCAUUUGACCACAAGGACGUUUCCUAAGGAGAAAGAAUGGUCAGGAGAAGGGAGAGGUGAUCUGGGACAAGAAAUAUGGCUCACAAAGUCAUGUUUGGUAGGUGAUCAAGGCUUUAAAUAGCCUCUUCUUCCCAGUAUCCUGGAACACACACCCUAUGAGGAGAGGCUGAGGG